AUGAGGAAAGGCACUCUCGCUCUCGCGCUCUUCCUCCUCCUCACCUUUGCUUCCCAUGGCGUAUGGUGUGCGGCAGCUGCGAGAAGCGCCAUGGCCGAGGAGGACGCAGCUCAUCGUCAUCAUCUGAGGCCUCAUCAACAUGAAACCCAAGAGGGGAGGAUGCAGACUGCCAGGAAGGUUGGGCGCAUGGCAGGCGGCUCUGGGGAAGGCAGUGGUAGGAACACCGGUGGCGCCGCAGACACAGGGCCGCACAACACCAAGAACGGCGGCACUGUGGCCCUGCCGGCCGCGUCGACCUCUGCUUUGGCGCUGGUUUUCACAGCUACCGUCCUUCUCUCGACGCUCAGCUUCUGA